UCUAUUGGUUAAAAGGCUGGAUUCUAUUUUAUUAUUAAUAAUUUGCAUUCAUGUAUUUUACUUGUCGGUGUGGCAAUGACUAGCGACUCCAAGACUUCACGCGUUAUCCUAAUUCCUAUCGAUGGUAGUGAUCACUGUGAUAGAGCAUUUCACUGGUAUCUGGAUAACAUGAAGCGAGAGACUGAUUGCAUAAAGUUUGUCCACGUAAUCGAACCAGUUUACAAUACACCUGCUAUUGGACUGACAAUGGAAUCACCACCUAUACCAGAUAUGACCCGAGUUAUGGAAGAAAGUAUUGAAGCGGGUAAAAAGCUUGGACAGAAGUAUAUGCAUGAAGCCAAAGCACAUAAACUAGCAUCUCAAGCAUUUCUACAUGUGGAUACUAAACCUGGAAGUUCUCUUGUAAAAGCGAUUUCUGAUCACAAAGCAAGUGUUAUUUUGAUGGGUAAUCGUGGUCUUGGAGCUAUUCGUCGUACUUUCUUGGGAAGUGUUAGUGAUUAUGUCCUACAUCAUGCACACAUUCCAGUGAUUAUUGUUCCACCUGCAGAGAAACACUAACUUUCCGCCUGUUAUGUUGAUGACAAUAACUUGUAAGAGUUAGAAAAAUAUCUCAUUGUGUAAGUUUACUAUCAAAUCAUUUUGAGACAAGAACUAUCAUACUUGAUUAUCUAAUAAUUGGCUUUGUUUUACAUUCACAGAAUAAAAUUGUGCUCAUUUGUGUUUU